CGGGUGGGUGGGUGGGUGGUGGAUGGCGAGUGGUGGGGGGAUGCUAAGUGGUAGCCGUACUGGGCGUCUGGUGGAGUGGUUGUGGGGCGCACUCCACCCCCCCCCCCACCCUCCCGCGCACGCUAGCAUCAUCAUCUUCGUCAUCCUCCAUCCACCCACCAUAUCUCCAUUCCCUCGCCGCCUCCUCCUCCACUACGCCACUUCUCUUUUCUCCUUCCCCCACCCCCACCCUCCCAAUGUCCUCUCCGGCAGCUCCCGAGAAGCCGCCGCGGCGGUUCCCGCCACCCUGCUGGACCCAGGAAGAAACCCUGGCCCUUAUCGACGCCUACCGCGACCGAUGGUACGUUCUCCGCCGGGGCUACCUUCGGACCCCCGACUGGGACGCCGUGGCCGCCGCCGUCGCCAGCCGCUGCCCCGGCGCCACCCCGGCCAAGACCUCCGCCCAGUGCCGCCACAAGAUGGAGAAGCUCCGCCAGCGCUACCGCACCGAGAAGCAGCGUUCCCUCUCCCUCCCCGGCCGCUUCUUCUCGUCCUGGUUCUUCUUCGACAACAUGGACUCCAUGGAAAACGGCUCAUCCCCCGCCGUCCGAUCUGAUCCGCUCGCCGGCACUCGAGCCGAUCCUGGCGGUGUUCUUCGCAUCCUUAGCCUGGGCGACCGGAAUCUCGUAGAAUCCGUGUUCGGAACGAAGAAUUCCGUAAAGAUUGAUCGAAAUUCGAACCCGAAUUCUGAUCUCGGCCAGGAAGGUAAAGACUUUGGUGACGGGAACCCUGUCACUUUAGGUUUUAGGGGGAAAAAUUUUAGCCACAAGGUCAGUGCGAAUUCUGGCCCUAAUCUAGGAUCUAGGGUUUUGAAUGGGUACUCGUUGAAUUUGGACGAAGGAUCUGAUGAAGAUAUUGGCGAUAACACUGAUUUCGCAGCCGGAUUUCGUGUGAUAACCGCCCUUGACAGGAAGUUAGUACCUCCUCCAUUGUUGAGGCCAAACAAAUUGGGGAAGAUCCAUGGCCCUAAUUUUGCUUCCAAUCAUGAUGGAGGUGAAGGUUUUUAUAUCAAAAACCCAACUGAUCAAGAUUUGGUUCCUCCAGAGUUCAAUCCAAAGAAAGUUGACGGUGGCCAGUCGAACGACAGAUACUCAAUACCUAUGGGAUUCAGGACAAAAGCAUUCAGCAAUUCGUGUUCCAAUCUUGAAUCUAGGGUUCUGAAUGGGUUUUCUCCUGCUGCAUUCGGGUGUGGAUUGGGGAAGAACAGUGGGGGCAAAGGAACAAAGAGGGAGAGGGAUCCGAUCGGGGAGAUGGUUUCGUCGAUAAAUCAGUUGGGAGAAGGGUUCAUGAAGAUGGAGAGGAUGAAGAUGGAGAUGGCGAGGGAGAUUGAGAAGAUGAGAAUGGAGAUGGAGAUGAAGCGGAACGAGUUGAUCCUGGAUUCGCAGCGGCAGAUCGUUGACGCUUUCCUCGCGGUGUUAAUGGAGAACAAGAAUAACAAUAAUAAGAACAAGAAGAAGAAGAAGAAGGCCGCCGGAAGCUCGAUGGUGUCGCCGGAAUCGUAGCUCCGGGGGUUAGGCUGAGGUUUUCUGUUCCUUUAAACAGGUUGUUUCCCGGGAAAGGAUGAUCUCUCUCUCUCUCUCUCUCCAUGCUUUCCUAGAUAGGAGGAUUCUGGUGUUCUUAGAUUAUGUGUUUCUCUUUUGGUCAAUAAUUGCUUUCUUCUUUUCUUUCUU